AAAACAAAACAAAACAAAAAAUUUCGGAACUUGCAGUUCUCUUUCGACUUUAGUUCUAUAGACUUUCUUUCCAUUCCGGUAUGCCGUAUCAACAUAAUACCAUCACUUAAAAUAUGGGUGCAUUUACUAGCCAGAUAAUAGUCCCAGAAACAAAAGCAUGCACUAAACAUACAGAUCCCAAAAAACCAAACUGGAUUACAAUACACGCUGUAGCUACUGAAUUGAGUAUUGCUGAAGUAGAAAGACUGUGGCUAAGAUUUAAGCAGUUAGGAUGCUCCGAUAAAGGGGAAUUAUCUGAUGAGGCUUUUGCUCAGCACCCAGUAUAUCAGGAUGCCUUCUCACGAAAUAUAAUGAAGAAAUUCAUAAAUCCAAGGACAAAAACAAUAUCAUUUGAGAAUUUUCUCCGUGGACUAAAAUGGUGUGAAACUUCAAACACAGAGGACAAGCUUAGAGGUAUUUUUCGAAUGUUGAACAAUGGUAACAAUUUACCCAAGGAUAUUUUUAGGAAGAUUAUUGAGAGAGUUUAUAUUCAACCAGAGGACAAAGGAAAUAUUGACAGAGUGGUGAACACACUUUAUCAGUUCAUGGACCCCAAUAACACAGGUACAGUCAAUGAGGAGAAUUUUUUAAAUGGCUGCCUCAAACUUCCUCAACCUCUGUUGGAGGAGGCCUUGAACUUUGAACUCCUGCCCUCACAUAUGAGGCAAGAACUUCACAACAAGCUUCCUGAGAUGGCUACAGGCAGAAAAACCCAAAAUGGCUUUGAUGGAUUGUUCAGCAGCACUGGCCCCACCCCUGCCCCCAGGAGUAAUGUAGGGGGGUCAGUCGCAGGGGGUGCGAUCCCGGACGACAAGACACUGCAGAAGAUUGCCGUCAAGGUCUACACCAAGGACUGGGCCAGACUCGCCAACAAGUUGGACUUUGAGUUUGAGGACAUUGAAGAGUUCAAAUCCCAGAACAAUGACAAGCGCUCACAGAGUCCAAGUUUUCAGGUGUAUACCAUGUUGAAGAGAUGGAAGAGUCGUGAGGGAAGUUUAGCCCAGUCCUCGGUGCUGGCCCAGGCUCUCCGUGAAUGUCGCAUGGAUGACGCAGCAGCCCUGUUGUCAUAGUAACUGCAGUGUUCCGGACUUUCUGAUCUGUGUUCUUCACUUUAUUCAGGAGUACUUCUGUCUCCUAAAACAUUCCGCCCACAUAUUAUAUUUUUUACUCUAUUUUCUUGAAUAGGUACUUUAUUAUUUGAAAAUAAAAUCAAAAACAUAUUACUCA